AUGAAGGUAAAACGAUACAAACGAGCGAAACGUAUCAUCUCCAUUUAUCGGCACAACUUUAAUUUGGAGCCACCUUACCAGGUUUUGCUCGAUGGUACUUUUGCAAUGGCUGCACUUCAAAAUAAAAUUAAUUUGCGUGAACAGAUGCCGAAAUAUUUAAAUGCUGAAGUUGAUAUACGAGUGACCAAUUGUGUGCUUAAGGAGCUAGAAAAACUAGGACAUACAUUGUACGGUGCAUUGCAUAUUUGCAAACAGUUUGAUGUUGAAUUGUGUCCCCAUCAUCCUGUUCGAACGGCAGUGGAAUGCAUCAAGCAUAUGGCGCGUAGAAUGAAACGUAGAACAAUGUAUUUUUUUGCAACACAGGAUCAUGAGCUCACAGAAGCCUUGAAGCAGAUUCCCGGCAUACCAAUCUUAUUCAUCAAAUAUAAUGCAAUUUUGAUCGAUAGACCCAGUCAAGCUACCAUUCAGGAAAUUGAAAAACCGAAGGAUCAACUAAUUGAAGUGAACGAAUUGAAAAAGGCGGUGUUUGGUAAAGAAGAAAAACCGAGACGGAAGCGAAAAGGUCCAAAAGGACCGAAUCCCCUUUCGGUCAAGAAAAAGAAGAGGAAGAUCCAGUUGACCAAUAUUCAUCAGGAAUUGCAGCCAAGUGCGAAAACUGCUUCCUCCAAGAGACGCCGCCGGAAAAGGAAGAGAGAAAAUGAGGAGCAGUAA